AUGUCAUCCGAAUCACGGCCGGUAACACCGCCGCAUCACCCAAACUUUGGUGUGCGAAUGUCUAGUGAGAGCAUCAAGCGUUCGGUGCGCCACGUGCUGCCCGACACUGCCCGCAUAGAAGUGGAGGCUCUUCCAUCUUUGAAGUCGUUCAAUAACCGAGUUUAUUAUCUUGAAUGCCACAAAGAAGCUCAGAUUGGUAACAAUGAAGCCCAUGUCGAUGAACUUGUUCUCAAAAUCAAUGGUCGAGGGUUUGGGUCAGAAAAGGUUCAAAAUGAGGUUUCUUGUCUCCGCCUGCUGGAGCACUUUUGCCCUGAGAUUCCGGCGCCUCGUGCGAUAGCUUGGUCUCAGGAUGGAUUUACUAUCGACACCAAGGACGCGCCGCACAGCGAGAUGAAACUCAGUGCUCUGGAUGAGACCUCGAGCGGUUGGAUAUUGAUGACGAAAGUUCCCGGGACGCCCAUCGAAUUAUCUGCGCUCAGCAACGACGACAGGUUUCAGUUGGCAACACAGUUGGCAGAUCAUGUUACCAAUUGGCGGCGAAACAUCCCUCCUCAGAACUUUGCCGGCAACAUGUUCUUUCAGCAAAUGGCCUCCCAGCCUGACAUCAGGAUCCCAGGCUCGAAUCCCGAUAGCGAAAUGCAGCUUUUUAUUAGAGGCAUGCUUGGAGAAGAGCUCCAUUCUCAAGAUGGUAUCGCUUCCCUUUCGGAAUACUACAGACUCAGAGUUGAGAACAAGAUGAGGACUUUGGAGACAAACAAGACUUUCGCACCAAAUAGAGAUCUCGUACAGCCUUUGGAUGCAUUCCUACGGCAAGGUUUCCCUGCUAUCAAGGCGUUGAAUACCAAAGAAGACUCGUUUGUAUUCACCCACUACGACCUAUCCCCACGAAACAUUCUUGUAUCUGGCCAGCCUCCUCAAAUUACCGGCAUCGUGGACUUUGAAUUCUCAGGCUUCUUUCCGCCGCUCGAUGAAUACCUGAAUGACUGCAUUGCCAACAAUGGCGACUGGCACAAAGAUAUGUACGAGGUCUACCUGAAGCGACUAGAAUGCAAUGGUAUACCAACACCCUUGGAGGGAAUAAAGAAAGAGGAUUGGGAACGGAUGGCGUCGUUGGAAGAAUUGGUUGAAAAGAUUGCUCCUUGGUGGUUGCCUGGUGAGUUUCAAGGUGAACAGCUGGAACAAGAGUUGAACAAGGUCAAGUCACGAGUAGGUGAGAUAUUGGAGGAAUUGGGAAAGUGA